GUUACGUUGGGGUCACACCUUUGUUUUGUUUUGCUUUGCAACACGACUUUUUAAAUUGUAAUUGCAGCAUGGCCGAAGAACCUGAGGAACCCGGCAAGAGCUUCUUUAUCUUUGGCCGUGAUGUAUCACAAAUCCCAUGCUUUCGUAACAGUUUUCUUUACGGAAUCAGCGGUGGUAUCGGAAUCGGAUUGCUAACUUUUCUGGGCACCUCGCGAACCCACCUUUCCACCCACGUGGGCUUCGGGUCCUUUUUCUGCGGCACCGUUGCCUACUGGAUGUCCUGCAGAUAUCAGUGGUCCUCGCGGAGAUUCGAGCAACAGCAACUUCGGGAGGCGAUGAGACGACAAGCUUUAUAUGAAGGCACCGAAGUGGAGCGGGAUUUAGAUCUUAAGUCUGCGUAGCAUAAGUCAGUUCCUAUCCCAUUUAACUACUUUGAUUCUUAUGUUUUCACUCUGGUACCAGAUAGUUCAGGUAUUGUUAAAUUACUUUUGUUGUAAAAUCCCUUUUGUUACCGGUCAGAUUUAUAAUAGCCAAUGUAUUAUUUUGUAAGUAAAAUCUUAUAUUGAAUUUUCAAUCACCUAAUUGAAGAAUUUAUACAUAAUGCAUAUAAACAUGUUUUAUAGAUUUACUUGGGUAAUUGUUUAUAUGAGCUAAAGGCAAAAGUUACUUAAAGAUAGUUUGUUGAACCUAAAUGUAAUUUAUUAUAUCAGUUGAGUUUUGCCUUUAUAGCCUAGUACCAACAAGCUUCUCAAGACCUUUAUAUUUUUCUAUUGUGCUUUCCAUUUGAUCUAAACCGUCAGAUAUUGUUGUGUGCUAUUGAACCUUUGAACCAAAUAUAAUAUUAAAUAUGUUUUGUAA